GCAAUUUUAAAUUUUUGAAAUGUGUUUGAAAUUCUGUUGAAAAAUUCAAAGGUUGAAAACGAAGAUGAAUUUAAAUACUCAAAAAAUUAAAUCAUCUUGAUCUAUGAACUAUAUACUAUUAUAAUAAGUAACUAGACACUAGUAUAUACCACUAUAACCAUAUCUACACAAUACGCAAACUUUCUCUGACGGAAACUAUAAAUAAUUUAACAUGAAAACUUCCAUAUGACCUGAUAUGACCAAUACAUCUAGUUUGACAUGACACUAAAAAAAAAUUCCUGUAGGGUCCAAAUAUUGUUUUCUAUGAUUGUAUUUAAAAACAAAACUAAAUAUUUAACAUAGUUACAUUUGCUCUAAGAGAAUAUGGACAGAGAUAUGGACAGAAAAAAACAGAAAAAAGACGACGCACCAUCAUCGCUAAUUAAUACUGAACAUCUUACUACAAGAGAACACACGAAAAAAAACGAUGGAUCCCCAACGGUAAUUGAUACUCAAACUCAACAAAUUUCAACAGUAAGUACUUCUUCUAGAAGAGGUAAAUCUGGCCCUUCAACAGUUACUCCGUCGAUGUUAUAUCCUCAUCAAGCAUUUGGACCCAGCACAGGGACAAAGAAAAAAGAAAGUGAAAUUGAUACAUCACGAGCGAAAGACGGCACUAAUGAACAUGAAAAACCCAAAAUAUUUGAUGGUUUAAAAAGAACAGCUCCCAGAGAAAAUAUAGUGACUGACGGAAAGAUAAACAUUGUUUCAAAAAUUGAUUCAAAAAGGGAAGCUCUAUGCUGCAAAUAUAAUGAAGAAUAUGAUUACAUUGCUGUUGGAUAUUCCGAUGGUGUAAUAAGAAUGUAUCAAAGCGAUACAUCAGAACUAGUGUUCACUCUUUAUGACUCAGAUGUAAAGGAUAACCGAGCUCCGGUAACUUCAAUCAAGCACAGACCAGUAUCAAAAAUUUAUCCUGUAACCCAUUGUUAUACUGGAACAUAUGCGAAUGGCUGUGUAAAGUGUUGGAGUUACAAUUUCAAUCAGUGUCUAUAUACGAUCAAAGAGAAACGGCAAACUUUCGGAAUAGUUUAUCAUCCACGAUUUCCAAAAUUCGUCACUUUCGGCGACGACAUGAAAGUACUCUUCUACGACGAAGAAACCAAAACCCAAGAGAGGAUUCUAACAUGCAGUGAUAAUCCAGAGGUCCACGAUGGGCAAAUGUCUCGAGUGUUCGCUGCAUGCUUCCAUCCGAAAAAUAAUUAUGAAUUGCUGACCGGUGGCUGGGACGAUGUAGUUCAAUUUUGGGACCUGAGACAACCGCACGCUAUAAGGCAUUUGUCUGGUGUGCAUAUGUGUGGCGAAGGCAUUGAUAUUAAUCAAAAAGGAACAGAGAUAUUAACAUGUUCGUGGCAAAAGGAAGAUCCCCUACAAGUAUUUGAUUAUGGUUCUGCCAAAAGGCUCUAUUGCUUAGAGCCAGAUAUAUUUACCUCCAAGCUCUACUGUGGGAAAUACGUUACAAAAGAUUUUGUAGUUUGUGCUGGAACAGAUCCUAAUUUACUAAGAGUUGUAGAUUUACAAACAACUGCUACUACAGCUUUUAUCAAUCAGCUACCUGGGGCAGUAUAUGGAAUUGAUGUAGGUCCAUCUAAACUCAAGAGGGAACCGUCGAAAACAGAGAAAUAUACCGUAAAAAGUGAAAUAGCCUCUGUCCCUAAAAUCGCUUUCAUUUCUGGGACGAAAUUGUAUCAAGUUGACUUUUAUUAGUUUAGUUACUGGAAAUAACAAUUAGUUAAAUAAAACUUCCUUUGAAACGAUAAAUGUUCUUUAAUUUGUAUAUUUUGGAUUGAGAUUUUUCAUUUUUUUAUAAGCGGUACAUCGUAGAAUAAUAAUUUACACCUAUAGUACAAAAAUUAUUAACUAUCACACAAAUACACACACAAAAAGCAAAAAAACGACAGCGUUUUUGUUUAACGUAAGAUUUCGUAUUAACAAAUAAAAAGUUGGUUUUGAGAACUUGAAAAGUUGUCAUGUUUGCAAUAAAACUUAUUGUAAUAUAAUUCAGCUGCCAGCUCACUACAUGUUUCCACUGAGUUAUGUGCCUUUGCUUUAUUAAUCUGCAAAGUUCCCACACAGGAACACGCUAUAGCUUCUUCAGUAUUAUUAACUGUAAUGGAAUUAAAAAUAUAUUUAAGAACAUACAGAUAGUAGACAUUAAAUAGAUCUUUCGUAUGACAGAUAGUUGAACAUCUUUAGUGUAAAUGUUAUUGUCAUCUGAAAUUUUUGUGCUUUUUUGUCUUUAUAUUUAUAAAUUCUUUUCUUCGUGAAAUUAUAUUUUAACAAAGAGUAUGAUGAACUACAAUUAAUAUGUGAUAAAAUAUCACUAGUGGUGCAAAAAUUCUGGAGCUACAGAAAAUGUCAGUCAUAGUAUAAAACUUCAGAUUCUUUAUGUGUUAAUUAUGCUAAGCUGAAAAACCUCUGUAAUAAUUAUCCAUAUAAAGCAUAAUAUGGACAACAAUAAUAUGUAAUAUAUACAUGUCAUUAGGAUACAUAUAUACAGUGUGAUGAAAAAGAUUAUGAUUUAACAGGUUUUUGUUGAUGGCAGGGAAAUUAUUAUUGUACAAAUUUACAUUGGUUUAACUAUCACUGACAGAAGUCAGCCUGAUACCAUACCAGUACAUUACAGUUAAAAUAAAUUUAAAUAAAACAGUAGAAGUAAAAA